AUGAGGCUCAUUAUGAAGCACAUUAUUCCUACUCCCAUGCACACCAUCUGCCAGGCCGCAGUGGAGCCCAUCAUCCUCCUGAGCUCCAUCACCAACCAGCUUAUCACUUUGGUGGACCCCACCAUCAAAAUGGGUCCCAGCAUUUCCAUGAGUACUCAGACCAAGAUGGCGCUUUAUUGCAUCAGUCCCACCACCACAUCAGAUCCUACUUCCCCACAUCAUCUAAUACCAUCCACCACCAUGGUGGGCCCCCUGAUGAAUCUCACCCCCAAACUGAGUCCUUCCAACGUAGUGAGUCCCUCCACCAUAGCAGACAGCACCGUCAUGGAGGGUCCCAUCGAACUAGUGAAACUUUGUCCCACCUCUCUAUUGGAUCACGCAGCCAAAGGGAUGCUUCCCAGUAUGGGAAACCCCAUUAUGGUACUACAUCCCACCAACAAGUACACCACUAUGGCAGGGUUCAACAUCUUGAAUCCCACCACCAACAAAGGCAGUCUCAAUUUGGAGAGAACCCUUCUGCCUACUCCUUUGAGGAGUCCUACCACCAGGGAAGAACUCAUGUUCGUGGUGGCCAUCAAGCUACCUAUUAUCGUGGUGAGCAUCCCCACCACAGAGAGCGCCAUCAUCACAGAGAACGCCGCCGUGGCGAGCGUCCUCACUACAAAGAGCAUUCCCACCAUCACCUUCGGAGCACCUCACAACUCUCCAUCUCAUACAAGUCCCACAGUGCACUUAGAAUCUCCCCUUCUCACCAAAAGUCAGCCCAAAGAGAGCACCAAAGAAUCAGACUCCUGGAGUGACACUGAGCAAAUCCAGAAGCGCAAAAUUUCUGACCUCCUUACAGGGACUCAGCGGGCCCACAAGAAGCAGCACUCCGGGAAUAUCUUCCAAUGGAUUUGGGAAAAAAUAAGCAACGUCAUUUGGGGUCUCCGAAAAAUGAUGAUGUCGCUGACUCAGUCCCUGGGCUUUGAAACCUUUAUCUUCAUUGUGGUCUGCCUCAACACAAUCGUCCUUGUGGCCCAGACCUUCACAGAGCUAGAGAUCAGAGGUGAAUGGUACUUCAUGGUCUUGGACUCCAUUUUCCUCUCCAUCUACGUACUUGAAGCUGUGCUGAAGCUAAUUGCCCUGGGCAUGGAGUAUUUUUACGACCCAUGGAACAAUCUGGACUUCUUCAUCAUGGUCAUGGCAGUGUUGGACUUCGUGCUCCUCCAAAUCAACUCCCUCUCCUAUUCAUUCUACAACCACAGCCUGUUCCGGAUUCUCAAAGUUUUCAAGAGCAUGCGGGCUUUGAGGGCCAUCCGGGUCCUUCGGAGGCUCAGCAUCCUCACCAGUCUCCACGAAGUGACCGGGACUCUGAGCAAAUCUUUGCCAUCUAUCACAGCCAUUCUCACCCUCAUGUUUACCUGCCUCUUCCUCUUCUCUGUGGUGCUCAGGGCACUGUUCAGGAAAUCGGACCCCAAGCGCUUCCAGAACAUCUUUACCACCCUAUUCACCCUAUUCACCAUGCUUACUUUGGAUGACUGGUCCCUCAUCUACAUGGACAGCAGAGCCCAAGGGGCCUGGUAUAUCAUCCCCAUCCUCAUGAUCUACAUCAUCAUCCAGUACUUCAUCUUCCUCAACCUGGUGAUUGCUGUCCUAGUAGAUAACUUCCAGAUGGCGCUUCUCAAAGGCCUAGAGAAAGUGAAGCUAGAGAAAGCUGCCCGGGUCCAUGAGAAGUUGUUGGAUGACUCUCUGACAGAGCUCAGCAAAACAGAUGCCGAGGCCCAGAUGAGUGAGGGCGCCUUGCAGAUGCAGUUUAUUGAGAGAAUGUUCAGCACCAUGACAGAGAAGCAGCGUGAGCUCCACUUCCAGUUCCUGCAGUUGGUGGCCGCGGUAGAGCAGCAGCAGCAGAAGUUUCGCUCCCAAGCAUCUGUCAUUGAUGAGAUUGUGGACACGGCAUUUGAGGCUGGAGAAGAGGACUUCGGGAAAUGAUCCUGCAGAAUACCACCAUAUCGACUCCAGUCUCUGGCAAAUGGCCUACCAGGAUGGGUUGGGACAAGUCCCUAGGUGUGCUGGCAUUAUGACCCAGAACCGUGCUGAACUGAGGUCCCAAUAGAGUUUAAAAAACCCCAGGUGGCUCUGUGUCCUUACUGGCUAGCCUGAAGCAAAGAGCAAGGGGAGUUGGGCAGUGUGCUGCAUGCAUAUGUCA